AUGGCACUGAAUCUCCGCGGUGAUGGGAUUCCAAAUGUGGACAAUGAGCUUGACGCGCCUGAGCUGAAAAACAUGGGCCAAUUUCUCACCAAUCAUACGGUCGACAUCUUCUUUGGCACCGGACGAAAAAAAUUCCAUCUGCACCGCGACUCGCUCUGCGAUCGAUUGAACUACUUCACAGCCUGCUCUACAGUAAGAUUCGAAGAAGCGCAGCAGAAGCAGCUCUUCCUACCGGAUGACGACAUUGAAGGCUUCGAUCUUUUGGUGAAAGUGACUAUACGGUGCACUCUGAAGAAGACUAGCUCAGAUAACGACCUGCCGGUAUAUCUGGCCCUCGAGGUCUUCGAACAACACGCUAUGUUUGGAGCGUCUUCAGAACGAAGCCACGGAUCUCACUCUCAGAUUUCAUCGUACAAACACAGUAGUUCUUGGCUGACUAAACGUUCGAUGUACACAAUUGAAAAAAAGCGAAAAAAAGCCGAAAGAAAAUGGUGA